CACAGCAGCACCCUGAAAAUUCUGUUCUCAUUUUCAGGUUUCAUUUCACUUUUCUACUCUGUCCUCCAUGCUACAGGAGAGCAAGAAGGGGACAGUGUCAGGCACAAAGCUGGGAGAAAUCCUCAGGUGCCCUGUACUUACUCUGCAACAGAGAGAAAGAUGCUGCAAAUUAGUAAAGAUGCUUCACCACAUGUAGCUGUUUUGCUGGGUACACAGAAAGGAGGAGAAGGAGGAGAGAUGAGGACAACGAGGACACAUCCUCAUUCUCUCUAUUUUGCUGCUCUGCUACACCCGCACAUGUCAGUCUCUCCCAUCGUCUAUGUGUGUGGUUGUGAUACACCUCAGGAUAAACGAGGAAGAAAUACGCUAUUGGCUAUUUCCUACAUGGUGUGUCAUCUGGCAGGCGGUAUAUAUCACAGGGAAAGCAGGGACCACUCAGUCUCUAAGCAAAGCUGCUUCAGUGUAUAUAGCUCAGAGACACUUUGAGGAUGGAAAGAAAAGGGAAAAGCAGCCCUUGCUUUUCUGAUUCUGACAAGCUCUAAAAAUACCCGACAGAUGAAGGACUAUGUGGAAAACAAAUCCAGUGGAUUUCCAAGAAGUUGUUGUGGGACAGAAGCAGAACAGUGUCCAGAAAGGAAAUAUUAACUGGGAUUUCUUCCCGGGUGCAGAGAAGAAAGUGUUGGGAAUCUCUGAUAUUUCAGCAUCUGAGUCAGCUUCUGUACAUAGGACAUAUGGGACUGAAAAACGACAGCAGCUGGAGAGUUUCUGAAACAAAGUCCCCAUGCAGUCAGCAUAGGAACAAGGACCCGUUUACCCACUCUUCUAUGUAGUUUGCAACCACAGGGCAGAUUUUUAAAAUGCAAGGGGGUGUGUGCCCCCCUGCAACCACUGACUGUAGCACCUGAGCUGCCAGUAAGAAGGGCAGGAGGAACAAGCAGCCUGCCCAGGGACACACGCAGUGCUGGAGCUUUGGCUUCCCAAGCCAUGAGCAGGCACACGUGGUUCCCACUGCAGUAUAUCUCCAAGCCCCUCUGGAGAGCAGAGAAUCACAGCACAACCAACUUCUUCUCUGCACUGUAUGGCUUUCCUAACAAAUCUUUUUUCCACAGUGACUUGGACCUGGAGGACCUAGGGGACUUUGGCAGCGGGACCCAAUACGAGGGUGAGUCUCAGAGCCGGACAGUGAAGGCGCUGCUGAUUCUAGCCUACUCUGUGAUCAUCUGCAUCUCACUCUUUGGCAACAUCCUGGUGUGCCACGUGGUGAUCAAGAACAAAAGGAUGCACUCAGCCACCAGCCUCUUCAUCGUCAACCUGGCCGUUGCCGACGUGAUGAUCACCAUUCUGAACACCCCCUUCACGCUGGUGCGGUUUGUAAGCAGUACCUGGGUUUUUGGAAAGCUGAUGUGUCACGUAAGCCGGUUUGUUCAGUACUGCUCUGUUCAUGUGUCUGUGCUGACCCUUGCAGCCAUCGCUCUGGAUCGGCAUCAGGUUAUUAUGCACCCUCUGAAGCCGCGCAUGUCCAUGGUGAAAGGAGGAAUUUGCAUCAUUAUCAUCUGGGUUAUGGCAAGCUGCUUCUCACUGCCUCAUGCCAUUUAUCAGACUUUGACAAGAUUUUAUAUUGGAAACAGAACAAUACGAAUGGUCUGCCUUCCCAGCUUCCCUCCUCCUGCUGAUCUUUUCUGGAAGUAUUUGGAUUUGACUACUUUUGUGCUCUUGUAUGUCCUGCCCUUGCUUGUCAUCUCCAUCACAUAUACCAUGGUGGCCAAGAAGCUCUGGCUGAGAAACGCCAUCGGGGAUCUCACCAUGCAGCAAUACUAUGCCCAUCAACGGAAAAAGAAGAUGACACUGAAGAUGCUGAUGGUGGUGGUGGUUGUGUUUGCAGUGUGCUGGUUCCCCCUGAACUGCUAUGUGGUGUUGAUCUCCUGUAGGGCCAUCCACAGUAGCAAUGCUCUGUACUUUGCUUUUCACUGGUUUGCCAUGAGCAGCACCUGCUACAAUCCCUUCAUUUACUGCUGGUUGAAUGAGAACUUCAGAUCUGAGUUGAAGUCCCUGCUGUGUGUGUGCCAGCGAAGUAGCGCAGCCCAGAGUCAUGCUCUGCAGUCCAUCUCCCCCUCUUUCAGGCAUGCCUGGGUUGAGAACUGCCAUUAUAAAAGAGGCAGUGCCUGCCAGAAGGCAGGAGUAUCCUCCCAGAGGAACUCUGCAAAGACAGAUAUAUCUAGUGUUCAGCCAUCUGCGGCAGAAAACUAAAGCCUUCAUCUGAUGGCCAGGCAGCAUUGUGUUAUAAUUGCAGAGACAUAAGAAAGAAUUAGUUGGAAAGGACUGCUGGAGACCAUCGAGUCCAACCUUCUGCCCAAACCAAGCUAGCCUCAGCGUUCAACUGGAUUGUUCAGGACCUUGUGCAGUCAGGUCUUCAGAAAUCUCCAGGGAGGGACUGCCCGCAUGUGAGCUCCAGAAUGAGGGAUGCGGAGUGAGUUUUUAAUUGGAACAGUCAGCAAAAUAAAGAGAAUUCUCUAACAACACACAAAAUCUUUCAUAGACUAAACAAAUAAGGGGAACACACACCAACUGAUGAACAUUGAUUUAAACUUAGACAGCUGUUGACGCAUAUAGAAACACUAUCAAUUCCUUCGCUGUAUUUCUUUGUAAUUUCUUCAAGAUGAAUAAUGUUUAUUGCCCUCUACCUUUCCCAGGUGGAAAACUGACGUUCAUUUUCUAACUGUACAUCCUCUGCUAAUCCUUACAGAAGCAGCACUUUCUUCUGUAAGAAUCUGCAGUCUGGCAAUGUUGAGCUGCCUUCAAAGAAUAUUAUUUCCUUGAGAUGCUUACAUUUUUGUAACAGUCUCGCAAACUUUGCCAUCUUUA